CCUAGUCUUCUUAUCAUCCAUAAAUCAAAUUCAAAAUUCCCGAUGGCGGCGGUAAUGGCGGCGGUGGCGGCGGCGGCGGUGGUGGUGAGAGUGGUGUUAUCAUGGUGGAUUUGGCCUUACUUUGUUUCAAAAAGGCUCAAAUCAAAUGGGUUUUCGGGUCCAACCCCGACGUUUCCUCUGGGCAAUUUACAGCAAAUGAAGAAGAAGAAGAAAACAACAACAAUGGCGGACCAACAAGAUUCCGCCACGUCAUCACCAAAAUUUAACGACAUUCAUUCCAUUGCAUUUCCGUACUUUUCCAAGUGGCAGAAACUCUACGGGAAGGUAUUUGUGUAUUGGAUGGGGACAGAGGCGUUUGUGUACGUGGCAGAUGCAGAAUUCUUGAAGGAGAUGUGUGGGGGGAUACAAGGGAAGAGUUGGGGGAAGCCUAAAGUGUUCAAGAACGAUAGAGAGCCCAUGUUUGGGAAUGGUUUGGUUAUGGUGGAAGGCCAAGAUUGGCUUAGGCAUAGGCAUCUCAUUACUCCCGCAUUCACCCACCCCAACUUGAAGGCAAUGUCAAGCUUAAUGGUGGACUCGGUGACAAACAUGAUGGAUAAAUGGGCCGCCCUAAUAAACUCCGGCGGCGGCGGUGCGGCAGAGAUCGACGUGGAGGCGGAGAUCGUGGCGACGGCCGGUGAGAUCAUCGCGCGGACGAGCUUCGGGGCGGGCGACGAGAAGGGGAAAAAGGUGAUCGAGAAGCUUCGGGAGAUGCAAACGACGCUCUUCAAGUCGGCGCGCCACGUGGGGGUGCCUUUCGGCAAUUUUUUCAACUCUAAGGAAUAUCUAAAGUCGAAACUCCUCGGCCGGGAGAUCGACGCCCUCCUACGCUCCAUAAUCGCCGCCAGAUUGGCGGUGCCGCCGCGCGAAAAGGAUCUUUUGGGGCUUUUGAUGGCGGAGGACGGCAAGAAGCGGCGGCUGACGGCGAAGGAGCUGGUGGAUGAGUGUAAGACUUUCUUCUUCGCCGGCCACGAGACGACGGCUUUGUUGCUGACGUGGACGUUGCUGAUGCUGGCGGUGCACCGGGAGUGGCAAGACCAGCUGAGGGAGGAGGUUAGGGAGGUGGGUGGAGGUGGGGGUGGGGGGGUGGAUGCCACAAGGCUUGUUGGCCUCAAGAAGAUGGGAUGGGUGAUGAACGAAGUUCUCCGACUAUAUUCCCCGGCCCCCAACAUCCAACGGCAGACGAGGCACGAGAUCCGGGUGGGGGGCCGGGUGAUCCCGAACGGGACCAACAUAUGGAUCGACGUGGUGUCGAUGCACCACGACGAGGCCCUAUGGGGGGGAGACGUGAACGAGUUCAAACCCGAGAGGUUCGACGGGGACAUCUACGGCGGGUGCGGACACAAGAUGGGGUAUUUGCCGUUCGGGUUCGGAGGAAGAAUGUGUGUAGGAAGGAACUUGUCGAUGAUGGAGUACAAGAUUGUCCUAACCAUGAUACUCACAAGAUUCUCAUUCUCAUUGUCCCCAAAAUACACACAUUCCCCUUCCAUUAUGCUCUCACUUAGGCCCAUGCAUGGAUUGCCUCUUAUUUUUAAACCUCUCUAAAAACUUAAUUUUUAGCUAUAUGUGUUGUUUUAGUGAUAAAGACUUCUUAGGGUUAGUUAUUGGAAAUUGUCCAAGUGUUAUUAGAUAUAUAUAUAUAUUUUUUUUUGU